AUGUCGGCCUCCGGAACUUCGUCAGGUCACCCUAUUGCUACUCUUGAUACCUCAAUUGUGCCUCGCCUCCCGGCCUCAUCGCCUACUCUGUUUGAGGCCAAGAAGAACAAGAACCUUUCUUUCGAGACCAUUGCCAAAGCUCUCGGCCGUGAGGAAGUCGCUGUUGCAGCACUGUUCUACGGCCAAGCCAGAGCCUCUCCAGAGGAUGUCAAGAACCUGGCCAAGAUCCUCGAACUCGACGAGUCAUUGCUUGAAUCGCAACUCUCUGGUUACCCGGACCGCGGACGCCAGAUGGAGAUGCCACCAAAGGAGCCUUUGGUCUACAGACUCUAUGAGAUCAUUCAAAACUACGGUUAUGCGUACAAGGCCGUCUUGAACGAGAAGUUCGGUGACGGUAUCAUGAGUGCCAUCAGCUUCAGCACCAAGGUGGAGAAGGAGACAGAUGAGAAGGGUGAAUGGGCUGUCAUUACCCUCAGGGGAAAGUGGUAA